AUGAAAAAUAGCUGCCUCGCUGUACUGAAACUUGUAAAGGGGAAAAAGCAUCCCCUUGAUGCUAAAAAGGGGGGGUGUCAUAGAAGGUACUUCCAUAGUAGUAGUAGCACCCUUGUUGACAGAAAAAAAAAAGUGAGCACCCACAUAUCAUACUCCCUGCCUGCACAAAGGGAGAAUGAAAAAUACACGUUUGAAGUCCUCAUGAAAACGAUGAAAAACAGGGCAGACGAGUAUAACCUUAUAAAGAUAAAAGAAGCACAAAAUAAAAUACUAAUUCAUUUAAACACAUUUACAAUCAACCAGGUUGUAUGCACGCUCGUCCUCUCGCAUAAAUAUAAUAUGCUAAAUUUUAAAAUUCUUCACGCCAUCAUAGAGCAUUUGUUUUGCCAUUCCUGUUUCUUGAAUAGCAAACACUUGUACGUGUUAGUUUCGAUCGUAAGGAAGAUACACCUGGACAACCUCGUCCACCCGUCACGAGACAACCACAAAAGUGGGAACGAUCACAAUCCUCACGUGGAGGAUUACCUGGAAGAUGUUAAUGAAAAUAUAAAAUGGAAGGAGAAGUUUUACGGGGAGGUGAUGGGCAAUUUGGUCCUCCCCCCUGGGGAUGACAUCCGUGCAGCGUAUCCGGCUGAACACAGAAGUGCCGAAUGUCCUCUUCAAUACAACGGUACGCUGAGCGAACACGGAAGUAACACAAGUAGCGUAGACAAUAGCCUUCCCCCGUGCAAAACAGACCCCGUGGAGGAAAACCUGUCACUGCAAAAUUGCCCCCCCCAGGAUGAAGACAUCUCCAUCGAAAUGAAAAAGACCCACUUAAAAAUUAAGGAAAUCCUGACGCACAAUUAUAGCAAUAUUUACCUGAACAUAAAAAAAAACCUCUACACGAGUUUAUUACUGUUAAAUUAUUUGCAUGAAGAAAAUAUAAUCAGUAGAAGAAUUUUUUUAAAAAUUAUUUACAGCAUAGAUACACAAUUUAACCAGCACACAUUCAGUAGUAACAAAAAUGGAAAAAACAGUAUCCACCACUCCUACGAUGCAAAUGGAGCCUGUGAAGAUGGCAUCCUCAAUUCGUAUCUCCAGGAUCAGUGUGAGAAUACAUCAACGUACGACCUUUACAUUCGUCUUCACUUUCAUUUGUUAAAGCAUAUGCUCACAGAGUGCGAAUUUAUCGACAGCAAAUUUGUAAUGGAAAAAAUAGAAAAUGGCACAAGUAUAAAUGAGGACGUGUACAGAGAUGCAAAGCUAUACCUUGAAGUGUUUUCUUUAUUUUUUCAAAACAUGGAAAGGGUUACCGAAAGGAUUAAUCAUUUAAAGGUCUUCCAUUUGAAUGUCCUCUUGCACGAGUUGUUAAAACCUCUUUGUGACGAUGGCGCGUUUAAAAAUGUAAAAAUAUAUUACUCCUUCCUCAAGAGAGUACCAUGUAAGUCUAUUCUGAAGGGGGAAGCACCCCCCGACGUCUGCUAUAGCCUCUUGACCAUUUUGUACUACCUCAAAAGGGGGAACAUGCUGAAUUGCGAAAUCCGCCCUUUUGGUUACCCUCCUUUUGGAGAACCCACAUUCGACUUGCAAAAAAUACAAGACAGGUACUCCCUCUUUUUAAACUCGCUUAACCAGUACACCCUGCACGACCUUCUCAUACAAACGCACGAAACCCAAGAAGCAAUCAACACAAAUUGUGAAAUUCCCAUAAAACUCACCCCCAAUAGUGAACCAGCAACAAUUGAACAAUCACCCCAAACCUUGAAGGACAACUUUAUCGUCCACUUCAUGGCAGAAUUCACCUUCAACGUCGUGUGUUACCUAAACAGGAUAGAUACCUACGAACAGCUUCUCAUUUUAAAACAUUUAAUCCUCUUAAAUUUGAAGAAUGAAUACCUAAUCGAUGUGCUCAAAGAACGCCAACGUAAUUUCUUUAUACAAAAAAAGCACUACACGGAUAGGAAGCACUUUUUUUAUUUUAUAGAAUAUUUGUUCACAUCUUUUAUUUAUUCUACCCAUGAGUUCCUCAAUCUGAUACAUUUGAUAGACCUCCGAAAGUUCCAAAUUGUGCUGGACGCAAUUGGACGCACGAAGAAAUUCACACAUAAAAUAAAAAAAAUAUUCGAUGCCGUUAAUGUGAUGCUGAACCAGCGGAAGCACAAUUGUGUAAAAAUUUCCAACAAAAAAAAAGUGCGAAACAACCAAUUUGAAAACAAGUCCACUGUCCUACCUGAGGACACAACCCAGAUCCAACGUUUUCAGAACAUCCUCUACGAUUUUUUAUUCUUAUAA